GGUAUUAUUCCAUGGGUGAAAAUGAAUUUGACUCAACAAGCACAUUCGGUGGUGACGCAGGAAUUCAAUCACCAACCACCGCAAUGACUUCUAACAGGAGUUCGAUGGCACGAAUUGACCAAUUAAUAAAUAUAGAUUUAAGUGAAGAUAAUACUGGUAAUUAUCGUAAUACGGAUGUACAAGACUUCACGGAGCCGGCUCGGAGGUCAAGUGCAUUUUUGGAUUAUCCUGAUGACUUUUAUCGUUAUUACAUGGAACUAGGAAUUGUUUCAGAGAAUGUUGAACAUGAAACUAUUCAACGACCAGCUGCCACAUUUAAUAUAAGAGAUUAUUAUUAA